CAUAUGGUGCCCCGGCUUCCUCUCUCUCUGUUGGGAACUUGGGAGUGCUAAAGCAGAUUCUAUAGAAUUCCCGCUUCCUGAAGUAUCCCGGAAAAUCACAUUCCUUUCUAGACCGAGAAAUAUAACGACAAGGAACGGUAAUAUAUAUAGGAAGGAGACAACGACUUGUAGACUGGCCUGCCUUUCUUGGAUUUUUUUUUUUUUUUUUUUCCCUUCGUGAAUUCAUCGUGACUCGUUGCGAGGGACGCGACAUAUUUGCAAUGGUUCAAGAUACUUCUAGUGGUGAUUCACAUCAGAGUCAGCCAGUCCGGUUAAAAGAACAAGUUUGUUUGGUUAAGAGAAAGGACUGUGAUCGAUAUGAGAUUGAUCCCAUUCAAGAUCCUCUGUCAUUUGAGAAGGGCUUCUUUAUAGUAAUCCGUGCAUGCCAAUUGUUAGCACUAAAGAAUGAUGGAAUAAUAUUGGUAGGCUUGGCUGGUCCUUCUGGGGCUGGAAAGACUGUGUUAACAGAAAAGAUACUCAAUUUUAUGCCCAGUGUUGCUGUUAUUUCAAUGGACAACUACAAUGAUUCUAGUCGAAUUGUUGAUGGAAACUUUGACGAUCCACGAUUGACAGACUAUGACACCUUGCUCCGGAAUGUCCAUGACUUAAAGGCAGAUAAGCAGGUCCAGGUUCCAAUUUACGAUUUCAAGUCUAGCUCCCGAACAGGAUACAGGACACUUGAAGUGCCAAGCUCCCGCAUUGUGAUCAUUGAGGGCAUCUAUGCUUUAAGUGAAAAAUUAAGACCUCUACUGGACCUUCGUGUGUCUGUAACAGGUGGAGUUCACUUUGACCUUGUCAAACGGGUUUUGCGGGACAUACACCGUGCUGGCCAACAACCCGAAGAAAUAAUUCAGCAAAUUUCUGAAACGGUUUAUCCAAUGUACAAGGCCUUUAUCGAGCCAGAUCUCCAAACUGCCCAUAUAAGAAUCACCAACAAGUUCAAUCCAUUUAAUGGAUUUCAGACUCCUACUUAUAUUCUAAAGUCAGCAAGGAAAGUGACGGUGGAACAAGUCAAGGCUAUUUUCACUGAAUAUCAUACAGAAACAAUGGAGCAGACUUAUGACAUCUAUCUUUUACCACCUGGUGAAGAUCCCGAAUCUUGCCAAUCAUAUUUAAGGAUGCGGAAUAAAGAUGGAAGAUACAGUCUCAUGUUUGAGGAAUGGGUGACAGAUAAUCCAUUUGUCAUAUCACCAAGAAUAACUUUUGGGGUUAGUGUGCGUCUUCUUGGUGGCCUAAUGGCCUUGGGAUACACGAUGGCAGCUAUCCUUAAAAGAAGCAGCCAUGUAUUCUCUGAUGACAGGGUCUCUGUAAAAAUUGAUUGGUUGGAGCAACUAAAUCGCCAUUAUGUUCAGCUUUUUUAUGAAAAGGUACAAGGAAAGGAUCAGUUAGUUGUAAAAUGUGUUUCUGACCAGCUGGGACUGGAAGGUUCAUAUAUUCCUCGGACCUAUAUUGAACAAAUUCAACUGGAAAAGCUUGUAAAUGAAGUCGUGGCUCUGCCAGAAGACUUAAAGAUGAAGCUCAGCUUAGAUGAGGAUCUGGUUUCAAGCCCCAACGAGGCUGUUUCUAGAGCCUCUGCUGAUAGAGUGACCAUGAGAAAUAAGCAUCUUAAGAGUGGUAUGUCUCAUUCAUAUUCAACCCAAAGUGACAAGAUUCUGGCCAAGCUUACUGGAUACGCUGCCAAAAGUAGACGGUUUGAUGACAGAAACUCAGAAUCCCCCACAACUCUUGCAAACCAGGGCACCGUUACUCAGCUUUCAGAACAAAUUUCCUCUCUGAAUGAUAGAAUGGAUGAAUUUACAAAUUGUAUUGAAGAGCUGAAUUCCAAGUUAACCAUCAAGAAAAAUGCUCCCAGUCAACAAAAAAUGUCUGUUCAAGCUGAUUCCUGCAAUGGCUCUGCUCCCACUUCUUACUUCAUCUCUAGUUUAGGCAAUGGUUCGUUGACUGGGUCCAUAAUGCCCAAUUUGUCAUCCUCAUCCCAGUUGUCUAAAGAGUCUCCUUUGAUGGAAGAGAUAUCAGGUAUUGCCCGGGGACAACGUCAACUCAUGCAUCAGUUGGACAAUCUUAGCAAUAUUCUCCGCGAGAUUUUGGGAGAGAGAUCUCGCCAUGUAAGAACAAACCAGAAAGGAAUUGUGGUUGAUUUUGAACCGGUUGCAGUUCCUAUUAUGUUAUCCCUAGCAAUUGGUAGUAUAGGAAUCAUCUUGUUCAAGGGAUUUUUAACUCGAAACUGAUUCCUUAAUCGAGUAGGGUUUUAUAAUUUACUGUAUUGGUUCACUUUAUAUUUUAUUUUUUCCAUUUUUCUUGUUUUCCCUUCUUGCAAAUACCAUUCUGUAUGGGAAAGACAGCAGUUGAGUUAUCAAUAAUUGAUAGUAAUUAAACAACGGUAUUCCUCCGCCAUAAGUGAGGCUUUCAAUAAUAAAAUUAGGGGUUCUUGU